UAAGUUUAGCCGAUUUAUUAUAAUCCGAUUGGUCAUUAACUAGAAUCGCAGAUAGACAUUCAAUAUACAUUCCAAUACCGUAAUACUACGUACAGAUGUAAUAUUGAUUUUUUUAUAAUCACGAUAUCUAUGGCUGUCUGUUUUCUAGUAAGUCGAUACAACUAAACAUUAAUAUUAGUGAUAGACAGACAUUCACUUGCUUAUAUCAGUUAACUAUAUUGAAGUAACUCAUAGAGCAACGUUGGAAGAUUUCGUCUGUUGUUUUUUUUAAAUUUAGCAUGUUCUGAUAGCUUUCUAGUAUUUGCUGGUUCACUUUCAUUUACGAUUUAAUCUCAACAGUUAUUGUACUAAAUGGUCACUUAUUACAUCAACAAUCACUAUGAUGUAAUCUGGGUUGUGUAGUAGACCUUGAUAGGAUCAGGUACAUAGAUGAAUUGUCAAUGUUAUUUGUAUGCGAUUCGGACUCAAAUAAUUUACUUCCCAUGUAUGAAGGAAUAGAACUGAUAUUACUCGACGCACAUGAAAAAAGUAAGACGAUCUUGUGUUUCGCAACCGACACUACUUAUGCCUUGUGAUCUCAGUUAAUACGUGUAUAUGUUUGAAGUUCACGAACAAAAAGUACAAUUUUAUUUCAACAAACUGAGUUACUAUGAAUCUCAUUUUGUUAAGGAACACAUUACAACUAGUAUUGUAGAAACAUCACAAAAAUAGUACCAGUUAUUAACAGUCCUAUCUCUAAUUAUACAAUCAGUCAGCUACAACGUAGGACCAGGCACACAUGUGCAUCGGUCCAAGUUGCCAUACUUCAUUAGCACAAUAAGAUGAACACCGAAUUCAUAGAAGUAGUGAAUUCAGUGGUGGUAACAUAUAAAAGAAAGAUUGAAUAUGAGGACUUAGUACGGGAAGAUGUGAAGCGAUUUUAAUGUCAUAGUUUAAAGGAAGACAGAAAGUGUAUAUACUACACCAUUGUGAUCGAUUCUGAACCAUGUCACCCAAGGUCUUCAACCAUUUGAUACGAUAGUCACGAGGACUCCAACCAAAUAGUCUGCAUCUACCAUCAUGAAUAAGACUAGAAGUUAGUGACCUCAUGCACUGAUACCACAUUUUGGUUUGACCGUCCCUAACUUUCUUCCAACCAUCUCCAACAAUAGCCAGCAUUGCACGUCGUGGUAAUCGGUGUUCGGGCAUAGGCAACACGUGGCCCAACCAACUCAAUAGAUGAAGAUUCUUAACCUCUAAUUAUACAAUCUGAUAAGAACGUUCAAGUAAAACAGAUUCAUGAAUAAGAAAUGAAUGGCCAUUAGAUCUCCAAAAUACAAAAUUGCGUUUUGCAUGACCUACCAGAAUGAGAAAAGCGACAGAGAACCUCAUAAACAGAUCAAUUACUAGAUCGACGUAAUAUUUAUUAAGUUUUAAUCAAGUAACUGAUUACCAGAUCCAUCCCAAUAUAGAGAUGUAACAAAUCUGUAGCUAGUAGUAACAACUUCACAAGAGAGCUCAGAUUAUCAAAACAAAUGUGGGUGACCUUAAGUGCAACAGCGAUAUCUUAAUAUAUCAUUUAGUCGAAUUGUUCUUUAAGCCUAACUACGUGACCCAAUGAAGAAACUUUUCCGUGAAUAGAACAGCAAAUAUACUAUAUUAUCGGUUUAUGUAAGUAAAUAAUACUACAUUAAACGUAACUCAUAUUACUGGUUGGAAAACCAUCAGUCUGAACCCUAUAAAGAAACACGGUAUUAGAGCUCAAGCGAUAGGUUAAUAAAUUUCAAGGCUGAAUGAAGUAGACAUUCACAUCUAGGUCAUAAUUAUCUAAUGGACCAAUAGAGAAGUGGAUGAUUCUGACAUCAAAUAGAAAUGACACGAAGUCAUUUAUGUCAAUUUUCUAAGUGCUGAUUGGUCAAUAUAUGCCCCACUUAUAUAUAUAAUACGAGUGACUGGGUUAAUGUGUUGUCAUCGUCUCUCGGUGUUUCGGAAUGGCACGAACUAAACAAACCGCUCGCAAGUCAACUGGAGGUAAGGCGCCUCGAAAGCAGCUAGCCACCAAGGCUGCGCGCAAAAGUGCCCCAGCUACCGGGGGCGUGAAGAAGCCACAUAGGUACAGACCUGGAACCGUCGCACUCCGAGAAAUCCGUCGUUACCAGAAGAGUACCGAACUUCUGAUUCGUAAACUCCCAUUCCAGCGUUUGGUCCGAGAAAUUGCCCAAGACUUCAAAACCGAUCUACGAUUCCAGAGUUCAGCCGUGUCUGCUCUUCAGGAGGCCAGUGAAGCGUACUUGGUUGGACUGUUUGAAGAUACAAACUUGUGUGCUAUCCAUGCUAAGCGUGUCACUAUUAUGCCAAAAGAUAUCCAGUUGGCACGACGUAUCCGUGGUGAACGAGCCUAAACACAGCAAAUAUGAAUUGGAACCCAGAGAACGAUGCAAAGGCCCUUUUUAGGGCCACUAAAAUUUGAUUACCGUCUCCUAUGUAUUCAUGAAACUGUUCCGUCGUGCUGUGCGUGCGUGGUGGGUAUAGCGAACCAUCAUUAAAAACCAUGUGUAUUGUGACGAGGGUGUAUGAGGACCUGCCAUCUUUCCCGUUAAAACUACCGUUUGAGAUCUGCCAGCCAGAGGAACAGGGCAUUCUGUUUGUAAUUGGAUCGAGGUUAGAUAUUCGUGGCGCGAUAGUCGUUAGGAAUUCAAUGAAGCGACCUCAUCUCGACGAACUGUAUAGUCAUAAAGUACUAAUUCCCCUAGGAAGUGUGGUCACGAGUAACCAAGACGACGGUAAGUGCGUAUGCAGAUGGUUAUCGUUGUCAGGUUGUCUACUUUGUUACAGUAUGGUGUAAGUCGUAAGUAAGUUCUGCUUAUCAUGAGCCGGGCAUGUUCGGCGGUCAAUACGUCUGUUUCAAUAUCGGUCCGACCUCCGUGUUGGCGCUCAGGCUGUGCAUCUGCUUAAGGACCUUCAAUGACGAUAUAUUUUGGCAUGUAGUCUGAUAAGAUGUAGAAUAACGUUUUAAAUUGUCGCUCAUUGAAGUUUUCUGCGUUCUUAGUCAGUUUUAUUUAGAAUAACUUACUAUGCAAGACGAUGUUGCAAAUUACACCGACCGGGUCGCUAUUUGACAUGUUAUUAUACAUCAUAGAUGUCUCUAGUAGGAACGACGCGAUUAGUCCGAAAGUCCUAAUUUUGUGUAGUGCUUUGUCAGUUUGUUUAUUAAGGUUAAAUAUCGGAUUUAUGAACGAAAAUCAUUCGUAUUGAGAAAUAGGGGGCAUAAAAGGAAAGUUCUUAAGGAUUUUAUUUGAAUAUAGGAAUCUGUCGACUGGAACGGUAUCCGGAAAUGUUGCUAACAAAAAAAUGAUCCACGGUAUCAGAAGAAGGGAUUUCAACGAAGAGAAUUUUUUCAACGCAAUCAUUUACUUGAGCUGUACAUUCGUAUUUAUAUAGUUAUGUGGAGUAUGUAUUGAAUAUAUUCACUCUUAAUCACUGGACAGUGGACACUCUUGGUCGAAUUUUCCCAGACCGAUCGGCUACGUGUAGAUGAGGUGCAUUUAUUUAGUGGGAAAUCCGCAACGUAAAUCAGAUGUAUAGAUCAUUUUCAGUAACACUACUUUGUAGGUAUCAGUACUAAGGUUGAGUUUCAAAUAAACUGAGUAUCACGUUUACUACUUUAUUUGUGUAUUUCAUUCUAUUUCGCAAUGAACGUGUUCAUUCCCGUUUAAUUAGAAGGCUAAGCAAUUUACGUUACGGUCAUCUGGUUAUAGACUUCAUAGUGUUAAUGUCAGCCAGGUUUUCUAUGCGCCUUAGUAUCCAGGAUCAUCACCAAGGUUGUUGUAUAUGGAUUAUGGUACAUGAACGUAUUAAUACUCACUCCUUUCAGUUUGUAUAUUGUUUCCAAUGUAUUAUAGCCAGAAUGAUUUUCUUCUAAACUAUGUUAAAAAGACAUUGUAUCUUGUGUGAAAACUCAGUUUUUGUACAAUAAUUUCACUCGAUCGGACAACAUUUUUCGAUAUCAUUAAUUCGUGACGCUGACUACUUGGAGCUUGUUUUAAGUGAGAAGCUUUGAUCAUUAUUUGGACAACAUUAGAGCCCACACAAAGCAUUUCAAGAUAUUAUCUAGUAGCAGUAAAUAAAUCCAAAAUAAGUGGUCCUGUAGGUUCUCGACAUUGGUACUGACCACUUUGGUUUUACCAAACACAUCUAGCUGAAAGUGCUCGGUCACGCAUCCGCACCAGAUCAUGAAAAGGUACGCAUCAAUUACAGCAGUUAGCCAGCUUAGAUCAAACGCUUCUUGAUAUAUCAAUAACAUUCCAAAUAUAUCUUCGAACCUCUUCGUUUCUGACUUCGGAUUCGACUGAGUUGGCAUACUUCGAUUAGAACGGUAUUACUGGUAAUUCCGAAUACCUAUGGCAUCUUUAAUAUCUAACAUUUAUGUGAAGUAAUCUAUUCAAUUUAACUGGAAUGAACAAACUAUUUGGUUUCUCAUGAAAUGAUUAUCUCUAUAGUGGUUACUAUAGCAUCAUAGCAUCCAAAUCAACAAUUUAGUCUGAAACCGCAGUAUCAAAGUCAACUAGCUAAGGCUUUCUCUAUAUAAAACACAAAGUGGACAUCUUGGAAAUAGCAAUAUUUUCCUAUGUAUUGUUAAUGAAGACAGGGGAACAAACAUGUCUCCAAUUCUCAGCAGUGAUUGUAUUCACGUACGGUCAUGGCAAAAAUUUAAUCAAGGCAAAAUGCUAAGAAUACUGAGAUGGUGGAGAUUUGUGGCUCAGGUGCAUGAUUUUGAUGGAGUUUUGUUCUCUCUGAUAUUGUAUCAAGACAAGUAUCGCAAAAGGGAACGAAGAUGACAUGACAGAAUAAACAAAUUCGUACGACUAGCUUCUAAUCCAAGGUGAAGAGAGUUCGCUCUCCCUCUCAGGAUACUCUCACAUGGUCACACGUAUACAGCCACUGCAAUGGAGGUCCUACGCAAUGAAUUCUCGCAGUGGACGUUUUGUUCGUUAAGUUGAGAGGACGAAAUUCGAAUGUCAUGUGCGUAAACCGGCUUGGUGGGUGCGCACUGCUGAGGAGUCCCAUACUAGGACGAAACGGCCGUCCAGUGCUUCCAAGUUUUUUAUGGUCUAGCUUCAAUGGACUCGUGGUUUCAACCUGUGAAACAAAUAGGUAUUUACUGCAAUGCCCACCCCCUUGCGCAGUUGUAGGAUUGCAUUUCUAGAACAAAGUAGCUAAGUAUAAGCCCCUAAUUUUGACUAACUUUUUAAACUGAGUCAAUCCGUAAAUUAAAACAAUUUCAACUAGUCACCGCAAAGUGAGCAGAUAAUUAAUUUCCAUUCAUAAAUAUAAAUUGCGUAAAUUGAAUCAUUAUGAUUGACUCAUGAAUGGCCUUAGUUGAUAUAAUAUUACACACAUCUGCAUGUAAAAACAAUUAUAUGCCUGUGUAAAACCUGAGGAGAACUGCUCACGUUUAUAUCUACUUCUAAUCAAAAAGUCGCGUUGGGAUUCACAUCUACACGAAAUCAUUUUUUUUUUUAAAAUAAUCAGUCCGGUCAAUUUCAUAUAAUUUGGUCAGACACGUUAGUUCUUUGUUCCCAAACCUAUAAAUUAUUCACACAAUGGUUUACUGAUAAAUGCGACAAAAAACACACCCCUAUUCUGUGAUACAUAAUCCUGCAAACAAAGGGUAUGACAAGAAGUAGAUCCAGACGUGUUUUUUUACCAAAAUCUUCUGGAUUGGUGCUUUUUGACGGUCAAGGUCAUUUGUUUGAAUGCCCUAGUAUGAUUCACUGUGUGGUCUUAAAAUCUAUUGCAUGUGGAUAGAAAAUACCAAUGAAUUUAAUUUCCCUUAGUUUUUACUUUUGUCUGCCCGAAAAUUUCUGGGCUCAGGUGUUUGAGUAAAAUCUCACGCUAGGGAAUUUUGUUAGUGGUUUAUGAGAUAAUUUGAUGUAAGCAAUUUCUGAGCGCGAGAAUAUUGACAAUGAUUUAUCAUUGAAUUCAAUAAAUCUGUGUAUCCCAGUAGAACUUUCUAACAUACUAUUUUGUAAGGACUUAUAUCUAAGUCUCAGUAUUGGCGGUGCGCUAAUUACAUACACUGGUAUUUACUCAUAAUCAUUUCGUUGAAUGCUUUCGAAGGUUGAGGUAAGGGAGAUAAAUUAACCGAUAAUAAGAAUCUGUGACAAUUUUACUGUUGGCCUUUCGUGAUGGCUAUCUACAAUCUUGCACAAGUGACUAUUCAAAAUCAUUUCCUACGGACAAUACAUUUAAUUUUAUCCCGAUUUAAGUGCAUUCCAUAUUAAUGGAUUUCGAAAGCGGGUUUAAAACAUUUAACAGCACUAUUGUUGGUAGAAAGCGCGUUGUAGAGGAUAAUAUAUGCUAUCGAGAUUUGUUAAGGAACUGAAGAAUUACUGUGAAAUUAUGGCAGUCUGUUUGGACAAUGUUUUUGAAGAUUUUAUCGAAUAGAUUAAACAAAUUACGCCAAACUUCUCCAUCUGUAACACAAGUUAAAGUGAAUAAAAUUUCGAAAAUACAACUGUAUGAUCAAUGAGUACUUUGCAUUAGUCAUCUUCGAUUUUGAUGAAUGUAUGUGUUGUCGUGACUAAUGGAGCGUUACCUCAGAAUCAGAGAGAUGAUCGGAGUAUUCAACUACGUUGAAUCCAUUCAGAUAGAAUCCAGGACAAUGACGAAAAACCCAUAAUGAAACCAGAUAUGGAAGUUAUUUAGUCUCAUAUUCCAUAACAAGCCAAGCGAAAGUGGAUCAUUUAGAGCGCACAAGCAUCUAAACAGCUUAAUUUAUCUUACGUAAUUAAUUAAAGUAUUUCCUUUUAUUAGUAUCACGAACGAACCUAAGUUAGACAGGCAUUGAAAAUCUCAAAGCACUAUAAGGGCAUUUUUCUUAUAGGACCCCCCUGGAGUAAGCUUCUAAGACGCUGCAGCCAAGUAUUGAACGUAGGACCUUCAGCCUAGCUCAAGAAAACCACCCUCUAGAUCUUCAACGGUUGUUGAUAUUAAUAGACUCUCAGCAAUCACCACAACCUUAUACUGGUGAUCAACAUCUGAUGAAGCAUACAAAUGUUAGGGAUCUAAUUAGAUAAAAUAGAAGGAUUCACGCUCCGGUGUACGAAGGCAAUUAACUUAGGAUACACAUAAAACAACAAAGAGUUAUAAAAUAUCAGUAACGAGCCAACUCAAACCUUCCAUCAUAAACUUAGAUAAUUAGUUAUAGACAUUUAUGAUAAAUAGUUUAGUAAGCAUUCAUUAAUGAUACAGACCAUGUUGAUCCUAACGGAUAGAGAUGGCUGCAGGAUUUCGACAAAUCAUCAGCACGUCACAAUAUGAACCGACAUGAAGCCAUCUUCAUUUGUAACCUCGUCAUGAAGUAACAUACGCAUGAAAUUAAAAUGACCAUUUCCACCGAGAAUUUAAUUUUUCUUGUUAUUCGUGUUCAGUAAGGUCGAUAGUUUUGUUUACUAGGGUGCCGAAAAACGUCGGAUGAACUUCAUUAUGUGCAUAUCGUCAUAUUUUUUAAAGAAAACACUUUUAAUCAAGUAAUCAGAAUUCCGUGCUAAUGUAUUUCAAAUUCUUUUUGCCGGAGUUUUCGUUCCGACAUGCCCCUACAGCCUUUUCUGUGUAACUCACACACGUUUACAAGAUGUUUUUUAAACACGCACUAAUGUUUUUCUUCUUUAGUUUCGAGCUCGAUUAGAAAAGAAGAAGAACUUUAGAGUAAACACAUCAAUCACACACUUCUAACUUAUUUAGACGGGUACAAGUUAAUGAUCGUACAGCUGCGAAUUCAGUCCUCUCCCUAAAACUAGGGAAUCUGAAAUUUAAUAAUUUCAAGAAGUGAUUGGUUUUCAGCACCAUACAAUUAGGUCAUAAAUAAGAAUAUGUGUUUACAUUGACAAUGAGCGUUGGAGACACACAUGUUGCAAAUGCAGUGAACAAUAACAGAUUUGAAAUAAUUUUAUCAAUAAUAUUGAAGACAAAAUCUUUGGUAAAACGGUACGGUAGAUAUAUGAAUAUUAGUGAUUGUCCGAACGUAGUUUGGGCGCCGAGUAUAGAGAAAACGCAAUUCGUGGAAAUUAUGUAUGAAAUAAUUCCAGAGACCGAUAUCAAAAUCUGAGUACGAUUAGAUAAGCAUCCAGUACAAAUUUGUUUGCUAGACGUUAUCUAUUCUUUUACAACUUUGAUUUUGACCACCAAUUACCCUGAAGUGUUCCAGACAAGUUUGAUGGACCAAACAUUGAGAUUACUUUAAAUAUAAUUUUCAUAAAUAAGGUAUGGAACUUCUUAACGUCCUUAUGGUAAAUAUUUCGUAUUAAACAUGGUAUUAGAGAAAUCUUUCGUCAAGCAAACCGUAAGAACACAAGUAUAUACUGCAUAUCCUCAAAAUAAGUAAAAAUAAUCUCAAGGGUUCAUUAACUAGAUGCAUAGUCCCACUGAUCCAGACCGUUAACGAUACCUCACAAUCUACAUAAAUCCUCACCAUAACAUUUCGCAUAAGACUUAGCUGUCAAAUAGAGUGGUUCAUAACCAGCAAUUGCAACAAUCGCCACACACGUAUACACCAGCCACGUGGUCUGGGGAAUACGCAUACUACAAUCCCGCGUCUUACAUUAUUAGUUCCCAUAAUAUCACCAAGUUGUGUGCCCUAAACAUAAUGUUCGGUAUGGGAAAACCCAGGCGCUUCCACAAGCAGUAGGUAAUUCCUAAUCUGCAGUGUCGGCAAUAUCCUAUACGAAUGAAGGUCAUUAGUUAGAAUAACAGUUGAGGACAGUAACUACAUAUGUAGCGUAACUAAAUUAUUUCAUUGCUUCGUAUAAUUAGGAAACUGUACACAUGCAAUACUACGCAUCGCCAUUACAAUCACGUCCCUCACUGAAACCACUCGAAAAUCCCGCUGGGUAUGACGGACAACAACUUUGCAUCGAAUGCCCAUGUUACUACUCUGCGGAAUAAAAACUUCAGUCCCCUGCAAACUUACAUCCUACGUUCCGUACUCCUCAAUAACUUAACGAGGCAGUAUCAAACACGAGACGUUUCCAAUGAACAUAACAACAAAAACUAAGAACAGACCGCCUUAUUAUCCCACUAACCAAAUCACACCAAUAGCUCAAUCGUUAGCGUGUUAGGUCGGAUAAUCAAAUCGCAAACAGACAUACAAAAUAUAUUUGAUGUACAUUCUCUUGAAUAGACAUAAUUUAUCACGAACAGGAAACUCGCACAAGAAACGAGUGAUAAUAAUGGCCACCAUAGCACUAUACAAGUAAAGCGAACUGGACAAAACACCAAAGGUAGCAGAGAAUAGAAUCAAAGCAAUACAAGUUUAGAAUUUGACUGAUAAGAAAAAUCUUCAGCACAACGCUUACUGACUUCGAUCUGCAUCAGUUUAGGUUAACAACAGUUUACAGCUACCUACAAAACGACAAACACAACUUAUAUCCUUCCAUCGCUCUCAAAAUCCCAGGAAGUGGAUCCAUGGAUAAAUCCAUUGGUUCCAUAUGGCUAUUCAUAGACACCUUCAAUGUAGUGUGAAGUUAGUCAGCAUAACAUGCAUAAACACAUGUCAAGCGGAUCUGUACAUCACUAGUUCUAAUCACCCCACCCAGCAAAACACCCCACAAUCUCAA